AUGAAACAAAAGAGCAAAAAGAAACUCAUUGCUGACUUCGACGCUGUUUCAUUAUAUCCAUCCGCUAUAGCAAGACUUUAUACUUUAGAAGGUAUUCCAAAAGUAUUGAAGGAUGAGAUGUUAAGUUCUGAAUAUUUGUUAAAGCAUUUAUUCGAUGACGACCAAAAGGAACCCAUUGGUGAAAAGUUUAUGUCUGGCUUCUUUGUUCUCAUUAAGAUAACAGAGAUUGGUAUACCCAGACACUUUCCUUUAAUAGUUUGUGACCCUGAACUAAAUCCAGAACUUAACGUUCCCAGAAGUUCAAACACUUGCUGUUUAAUGUAUGUUGACCAUAUAACAUUACAAGACCUCAUAAAAUAUCAAGGUGUCAAAUGUGAAGUGUUGCAAGGAUACUAUUACGAUGGAAACAGAGAUAUUAGAAUAAGAGAUGAAGUAAAGAAGUUGUUUGAGUUAAGGUUAAAGUAUAAGAAAGAAGGAAAUCCUUUGCAAGAAAAUAUAAAGCUCAUUCUGAACAGUAUUUAUGGCAAAACUAUUCUAUCUCCUAUUGAGUCAAAAAUAACCAUAGUAGAUGACAAAGAUGCUAUAAGAUAUACCAUCAGAAACUACAACCAUAUAGUGAAGUUCGAAGGUUUGGACGGUUCAGAUAAAACUAUUUUCAAGCUAACGAAAAGCAUUUGCAGACACUUUAACUUCUGUCCACUUGGUGUUAAUAUUCUGUCAAUGUCGAAGAGAAUAAUGUGUGAAGUAUUCUGUACUGCUGAAGACUUAGGAAUGGACAUCUUUUAUAGCGACACCGACAGUAUGCAUCUCUACAAUGAAGAUAUCCCUCGUUUAGCUGAAGAGUUUGAGAAACGUUAUGGAAGAGUUCUCAUUGGUAAAAACCUUGGUCAGUUUCAUAGUGACUUCGCAGAAAUAACACCUGGAAAACAAAGUUUAGCAUACAAGUCAAUAUUUUGUGGAAAGAAGACUUACAUAGACUUACUCACGAAUGAUUUAAAUGAA